GGUACGAAGAACAGGCCCCUGUUUUUCAACUGUAGUUUGUUGUCCAGCUUCUGUUUAGAUGGCUUUGUCUGUAACAUGGAUCAUUUUUGCCAAACAUCUAUCUAUGUGCGAAUAAACACAGUUAACAGAAAUUAUUUGCAUAAAUGUGCAACUUCGGAAAGUUAGUCAAUGCAGGGCCAGUGCCACUAUGUUAAGGUUGUUUUGCAAAGCAAAAUGUUGUCACUCAAAUCUGGCCUAUAAGGAAGUGUUAUUAAAAGAUGUUAAACCAAAGCAUUUGCAUUGAAAAAGCAUUGAACAACAUGAAAAACAUGAAACCCUUUACAUCUAACUUUAUUUCUAUAUAUGACCUUAAGUUAACUUACUUUGAGGAAAUGUUUUUAAUUAUUAAUGAGUAGGAGCAUUUGAAACCUAAGCAAUUGAAGUUUAGAAACUCUACUGCACGUGCAGAAAAACAUGUCUUUUUAAUAUGAAGAACAUGUGUUUUUAAACUGUGGGGAAACUCGACUUAAUGAAAAACAGCAGCAUUGCUUGUAUAAAGCAGGAAGUCUAUUAUUCUUUAGAGAAGGAGGAGUUAAACUGAGAACAUGAACUGAUGUGAGACAGCACACGUGUAUUACCUGUCUUUUGAGCCGUGUCACUGCAUGUUGUUGGAUUAUUUCUCUAUAUUGGAUGUAGUUUGUUUGUGAGAAUGUGAAGCAGAACAGAAAACUCUUCUUUUAAGAGGAUUAUCUGGCUGACAGCCUUUAAGUGUCAUUUAUUCUCUCACUUAGUUUUUGUGCAAUGUGGAGUUAUUAUCAGAAGAUCAUACAGUGUUUUUUCUGCCUGUAUGUACUAUUACUCAGGAAUGGUGUGUUUGGUGUUGGUGCAGAUGAAGUGAAGUCAGUGUCCGUGACGGAGGGAGAUUCUGUUACUCUACACACUCAUCUUACUGACAUACAGACACAAGAUCAGAUACUGUGGCAGUGUGUUAAUCGAGGGACCCGUAUAGCUGAAAUCUAUAAGAAACGUAAUAAUGUGUUUGACAGUAAAGUGAUAUUUGGAGACAGACUGAAGUUGGACAGUCAGACUGGAUCUCUCACCAUCACAAACAUCAUCAUCACAGACUCUGGACUUUAUCAACUACACAUCAUCAGAAACACAGGAACUUCAUACAAGAGAUUCAAUGUUACUGUCUAUGCUCGUCUGCCUGUUCCUGUCAUCACCAGAAACUCUUCUCAAUGUUCUUCAUCAUCAGAAAGAUCUUCAGUGUCAAAAUGUGUGUUGUUGUGUUCAGUGAUGAAUGUGACACAUGUGAGUCUCUCCUGGUACAAAGGAAAGAGUUUAUUGUCCAGCAUCAGUGUGUCUGAUCUCAACAUCAGACUCUCUCUACCUCUGGAGGUGGAAUAUCAGGACACAAACACAUACAGAUGUGUCAUCAACAAUCCCAUCACAAACCACACACAACAUCUACACAUCAAUGAACUAUGUGGGUCAUGUUCAGCACUCGUGCAGAAUCCUCAUUUGGUGGGAAUCACAGUUUUUCUGGUAAUGCUGGUUGUGGCGACUGCAGCUGUGGGUGUAAUGUGCCUUCUCUACAACAGGAAAACUAGACACAUGAGACACGUGGAACGCCAAUGACCACCACACAGUGUACUCAAGUGAUAUUUUGAGUUGAUGUCAUCAUCAUAUCAUCAUCUGUGCAUCUUGACUAUAAACCAGACACUGCUGUAAUGUCGAAAUCACUUUUUCCCCUAAUUUUCUAACUGUUAAAUAAUAUUUAUGUUGAAAUAACACAUCAGGUCUCCUGCUGGUUAUAAUUGGAGUUUGUGGAGUGAUGUUCUGGAAGAGAAGAAACUGUAAGCAACCAAGACAACCGCACCCACAUAUUUACUAUCAUUUCAGAAUCAUGAAUAGGAAAAAAGAUAUACAGUUUUAUAAAGUUUUAUAUUUUCAUGAGAAACAAUGUAUCAAAGGUUUAAUGAACAACAAACGAAUGACAUGUAACUUUGAAAUGACAUGUAAUCUUUACUGUUUACAUGUAGGCCUACUCCCAGAUGCUAGUUUUGUGUUUGGAUAGAGGUGUUUAUUGAUAUGACAACGCAGUUUUCCUCAUCAUGAAUGUGUUAUUGUUAACUGGUUAGUUUUAUUUCACAUUAUGUGUAAAUAUGAAGAGUUUGGUUCCAAAAUGAUAACUCAGUUUUUAACAUUAUUCACAAAUCAUGUUUUUUAUUGUUAUCAUGUUUUUAUUGUGUUUUGUUGGGAUAGUUAGUUAUUAUGGCUUAAAUCAAAACAAACCAACUGCAGUUUGACUGAUAUUAAUUGGAAGGCACAAUAAAAAAACAUGAUUUUUGAAAAAAAAUAAAAACAGAGGUAUCUCAUUUUGGAACCAAACUCUUCAUAUAUUGUCCAGUUGAAAGAGUGGAGGAUUAGUUUUGUAGGAUGGUCCUCGUAGUUCUUAAUGAAAGUUUAUGUAAGACAGAAGAUUUUAAGCUUAAUAUCUCACUAUAACUUCGGGUGAAUUUACCUUCAGCAUUUUGUAGUAUUUAUAACUCCUUCUGUGAUUAUAUCUCCUGUGAUGCCACUGGAGCUGAGGAGACAGCACAUUUAUUUUUUAAGAUGUCUUAUAUGCAGUAUGUGAAAAUGAGACUUGGAAUAAGUUUCCCCAUGUUGUUCUCAGUAGGUUUUUGUACUUUCUGGUUGAACAUUGUUGGAAGCAAUCAGAUACGCUAAAUAUUCAGCACUUUAUUCAGCAUGUGUGAUACUCUGUUGGGGCUUAUGUGUGACUGAGUCAUGGAUGGAAUGAGACUUUUUUAAAAACCUGAACUGCCAAAACAUUUCUGUGCUAACUAUCUUUAUUUUCUCAAGUAGAGGGGCCAUUUGAAGUCUUUCAUUGUCUGUUAAUGCACUUUUAGUUUUGACAAUAUCAGCACUUUGUAACUUAAAAUGAACUUGCAUAAAACACUUUUAAAAAAAAUAUUUUUUAAUAAAAAUUUU